UGCUGGGUCCAGUCCUCUCCAUCAUCAUGUUGGCUUAUCUACUCGCGGCUCUGCUGGCGUGCGCGCUGCUACCCGGCGAUGCGGUGACACCCUCGGAGGACAUCACCUGCCACCAUUUCAGCGUCGGGGCGGCGGCGAACUUCUCCGUCCGUCACAUCGACGAGCACCACCAGCACGGCUACAAGUUCAAGCUCGGAGAGAUCCAGGGGCACAAGUACGAACAGACGGCUGAGGGUUGCAACAUAGACUUGCAGCUGGCGCUCAGGGAGACCAGAUGUCACGUCACCGACCCCAAAGCUGUUGAGGACUGUGAGGUGUUGGAGAUGGGUGAAGGGGGCGCGGCUGCCAACUGCACCGUCAUGUUGACAAGACACCUAACCGGGACCACUGUCACCCGUCACCAGUGUACCACCACACCAGCACAUUCCAGUGACGACAUGAUGAUGUGUCCUGACUGCCCUCGCAUGCGUGCGCUCAACGACCCCGCGGUGGCAAAGGCGGUCCAUGUGGCGAUGCUGAAAUACAACCAGGAGUCCAACAACCGGCAUGACUUUACUCUGCUGGAAGUUGGACGUGUGCUGAGCGGGUAUAUCCCAUCCGUCGGCAUGAUGACCUACCCCAAGUUCAUCCUGGUUGAGACAAGAUGUCCCAAAUACAUCCGCAUCGCCCCGGAGGCCUGCACGCCUCGCUGCCCCCAUAGAGCUCAACACGCCGUUUGCUCAACAUCCUAUUCUUCCAAGACUGGAGUUGCAUCACCACAGUGUGAAUUAUUCCCAGCCAAAGACUCUACCGCCCUCGGGCCUGGCGAGGUGGAGCCCCGGUGCGGGCCGUCCUUCCACCAAAGUCCUGAAGGGGCCGCCUGCACUUCUCAGCUGACCAACAAUGAUCCGGCUCUCCACCCUAUUUGUCCCUUCCCUCUCGCCGUACAACUGCCGCAGCAAGAGGCGGUUUGAGGUGUGCCUUGUUAUCGCCGCACAUGGCGAGUCAAUAAAAAGAUUGGCAUUCCA